GGGGAGGUGCGCGGCAUGGCGGCGGGGCGGGCGCAGCGGGGUCGCUGGCGGCCGUGACUGGGAGCUGUGGUUCCAGGACAAAGAAGCACGCGGGUUCUAAUUCAGAAGCAAAGAUGCAGAUGCUAAUGCCAGAACCUCAGAUUUUUGUAGAAAAAACACUGGCUCUCAUCAAACCUGAUGUUGUAGCUAAGGAGGAAGAGAUAGAGGAUCUCAUCCUCAGAUCUGGAUUCAUGAUUGUUCAGAAACGGAAGCUCCAGUUAAGCCCAGAGCAAUGUAGCAUCUUUUAUGCAGACCAGUAUGGAAAAAUGUUUUUUCCUAAUCUAGCAGCCUAUAUGAGCUCUGGACCUUCAGUUGCCAUGAUUCUUGCUAGGCAUCGUGCAGUCUCAUACUGGAAGGAAUUGCUUGGACCAUCAAACAGCAUAAAAGCUAGGAUGACUCACCCUCACAGUUUAAGAGCAAUCUAUGGGACUGAUGAUCUGAGGAAUGGACUUCAUGGCAGUCUCAGCACUUCCUCAGCAGAAAGAGAAAUUCGAUUCAUGUUUCCAGAAGUGAUCUCGGAGCCAAUUCCAGCUGGACAAAGAGCUAGAGAUUAUUUGAAUCUUCAUGUAAAUCCUACAUUACUAGCUGGGCUCACGGCACUUUGUAAAGAGAAGCCAGCAGAUCCAAUGACAUGGCUUGCUGACUGGCUGAUGGAACACAACCCUAACAAACCUAGGUUACAACAUCACGUCACUGAAGAAGACCAGGAGUAAGAUCUCAGUGGAAAUCACCUCAAGUAUUCCAAGUUACAGAUGGAUGUCAUCGUUUUCACUGUAUCCCUGGGGAAUUAGUAUUAUUUGAAGUAAAUGUUAUUGUCAUAACUACUCUCAUGUCUUUAUGGAAUCCUUAUCCUUACUCUUUGCCAGGAUUUAACAGCUGUAGUAACUUUUCUAUUGACUUAGAGAGUGUAGACUUGCAUGAUAAAUUUACUGUGUCAGGUGAUUAGAAAAGGAUGAAAUUAUCUUCAGGUGUUACCUGAACUGCUAUUUUCUCUAAUUGUCUUGAUGUGGCUGCCUGGGGAAAAUAAAAUCAUUAAGACAAUCACAGAUUCCCAAAUGACAUUCAGCUGGUCUAUACUCUGUUAAGCAGACUUUUUUCUAGCACUUUUUUAGGAGACACAAAUUGCAUUCUGGGAGAAGGUACCUGAAUGUAACUUAGAUACAAAGGGCAUGUUACCAACCUGAGAAAUAUGGCUGUUGGCUGUAUCACUGAGCUAUGGUAACUCCUGAAGUGGUGACUUGAGACUGUUGUAUUUUGACAGUAUAAUUUGAAAUUCUGAAUUAAAGCCAUCUUGAAUGUACACUUUCCAUCUCAGUGACAAAAGGCACAGUGGUUAUAAAUCAGUAUCUAAUUUCUAUUAGAAAUCACAGCAGGGUGUAUUUUAGGGACUAAUGCUGAUAUUAAUUCCAAUAUCUGUUUAAAGAAAGGUGCUUAAAUGCAACAGCUCAUAGUAGGGGUGGUUUUUUUUGUGCUCAUCUGCUCUUAAAAGGUAUGCUGAUUUCUGUUGUUUCCCUUGUAUUGCUUUUUACAUUUGAAAUUUACUGUGUUUUAUUUGACAGUUUCAAGGGGGUGGGUUAGGGGCUGUGCUGUUCAACAGGCAGUGGUUAAUCCUGUACUCUAUUUCUGAAGUAAUUGGACAGGUUUGGGGGAGGAUAGAGGACUGUUUUUCUUAAAAGUUAUAUUUGCACUGUUAACUUCGAACUUUGUAUCUUGUGGUUUUCGUGGAUUGCAUGGAGAAAGCAUUGGUCUCACAGCUCUGAGCCUUGGGUAGACUCAUACUAAAACAAAGUCAUAGUUUGCUUUAUGACAAACCUUGCUUCUCAAACUUGAAUAAUUAGCAGCAACUUCAGUCAAUUGUCUGUAACAUUAAACUUCUAAAUUAACUGUGCAUCUUCUAAGAGAAUAAAUCCACACUUGCCACUUCAGAUAACCAAUCUCUACGAAAACAAAACAAAAAACACAACAGCCUAACACUCAGAUAUGAAGAAAAAAUAACAAGGUCAUUAGAAAUACAGCAAGCAGAUCUCUUCAUAACUAAUUUCUUUUGCGUGUGAUUAUUGUUCCCUACACACGUCUGAUUGCUGCAAUUAUAGGACAGCUGUGCUUUGUGGUUUCCUGUUAGCCAAACCAAAACACUUCUAUUUUGAACUUGCCAGAAGCUAAAAGCCAAUGGAUUCACAAUGUUUUCUCCUUCAUUUUUGGUAGUUACUGUGGCGUUUGCUUGCUUACUUACUUACUUAGAUGUGUUAUAGUUUGACAAUAAAUAUCUCCUUUAUGUUA